AUGGCCACAGCUAUUUGCGACAACGUUUCAACCUCAUCCUCUCUCCUGGUGUGGAGCAAGCCAGAACUCUGUGUCAAGGACUCAACCGGUCAUGCGAAUACCGAUGCAACGGAUACGAAGCUGCCACCAGCAUCAGUAUUGCCCGCUCCUGCCACAGUCGAAACGUCAGAAGUCAAGCUGGGAUCCAUCAUCAAUGGUAUCUUCAACUCCAACUCGGGAUCAGGAAUUGAAGCCGCGAACCCAGGCGUGAAGACAGUACCUAAAAAGACCAGCAACCAAGCAAAAGCCACGGAACCAGUCCGAGCCAACAAGUGCCAAGUCAGCUCUACUACUUCUGAGUUCUUCUGCUCGAACCCAAAUACAAUCUGUGACGAGUUCUACGCAUAUUGCAGCACGCUCACUCCCGGAAAGAAGGUUGCUCGACGGGGAUGUGUGAAUCUGUGUCCAUAUGUUGGAGAAAGCUGUGGGAGUGGGACUACCGGCGGUACCUAUGUGGCGUUUCCAGGCUCAGAAGACCAACUUGAUGGCACGACUCGUGGGUAUUGUGCUACGCCAUUCAGGUGGGCAAGUGCGAAGUGCUCAACGCUUUCUUCGAGAAAUUCGGUGCAGCCAGGUGAGGCGUCAAUACCGAGCAAGAGGAGGCGGGAUGGGGACGACCUGUUUGGAGAGAUGGAUGGUUUGUAG